GAGGUUCUGCAGAGUGCAUAUACACACACACACACACACGUACGAUAACGGACUCACUCAGUUUAACGUGAAGCGUUUCGUUUCCAGCCUAUCAGUGUCUGCACUAACGGGACAAGUUUAAAAUUCUGGGAUACCACGGACGGUCCUUCGCUUUUCUCUCCCCUCGGUGUGAACAUCUCGACCCGGAGUGAGGAGGUUGACCACUGCUGAAAGGAUGAUGCAGAAGGCGGGAGGAGACCACAGACGAAGGUGCAGCCCGCGCUAGAAAAAAUACACCCUCGCGCCUCAUUUUCACCACCCCAUCACUGCUGUUCCGUCCCCCAGCGUCAUGGCCAACCAUCUGGAGCUGAUCCAGGAGCUGCAGCAGCUGGACAAAGUGCCCAGUCUGGAGAGGCUGCGGGCGGCCCAGAAGCGACGCACGCAGCAGCUGAAGAGAUGGGCCGUGUACGAGAAGGAGAUGCAGAGCAAGAAGCGAAAGGCAGAAAAGAAAGGACGCAGCGCUUACCACCUUCAGCAUGGAGAGUCCAAGAAGCACGUGUCGUUUGCCGCCAGCGUGGCGCUUCUGGAGGCAUCUGCCAGGAAUGAUCCAGACGAAGUCCGUUACCUGCUGAGGAACAAUGUGAGUCCAGACCUCUGCAAUGAAGACGGCCUCACUGCCCUGCAUCAGUGUUGUAUCGAUAACUAUGAAGAGAUGGUGAAGAUCCUGCUCGACCGAGGAGCCAGCGUUAACGCUCAAGACAACGAGCUGUGGACGCCUCUGCACGCCGCCGCGACCUGUGGCCACGCAGGACUGGUCAAGAUACUUAUUGCACAUGGUGCAGAUCUGCUGGCAGUCAACUCUGAUGGGAACAUGCCCUAUGACCUGUGUGAAGACGACCCAACCCUGGACAUUAUUGAGACGGCGAUGGCCAACAGAGGUAUCACCCAGGAGAUGAUCAAUGAGACGCGAGCAUCGACAGAGAGGAGGAUGCUGGAGGACAUUCAGGAACUGUUGAGACUUGGAGAAGAGGUCAACCAGCAGGACUCUCAGGGAGCCACGCUGCUCCACGUCGCAGCAGCAAACGGCUACGUGCAGGCUGCAGAGCUGCUGCUGGAGGGGGGAGGUCGCAUGGACCUGAGAGACUCGGACGGGUGGCAGCCUCUCCACGCCGCGGCGUGCUGGGGUCAGAUGCAUGUGGCUGAGCUGCUGGUGUCUCACGGAGCCAGUCUCAAUGCCAAGACCUUCCUGGACGAGACGCCAAUCGAUCUGUGUGAGGAUGAGGAGUUCAGAGCCAUGCUGCUGGACCUUAAACACAAGCAUGACAUCAUCAUGAAGUCGCAGCUGAAACACAAGACCUCGCUGUGCAGGCGGACGUCCAGCGCAGGCAGCCGUGGAAAAGUGGUGCGGCGGGCGAGUCUGUCGGACAGACACAACUUGUGUCGCAAGGAGUACGAGACGGAGGCCAUCGUGUGGAGGGGAGGACGAGAGGAGCAGGACGAGAAGGAGAAGGAGUGUGAUCAGGAGAAUAAUCAAGUAGUUCAUGUUAAGCCAGUUGUGGCUGUGGAGCUGCCAGACAAGCCCAAGCUGCCUACCAUCCUCAAAGAUGGCAGCAACAAGCACAACGGCCUCAUCUCCACGACGACGUCCGUGCCGCCCCAGCCACCCUCGAACGGCAACGCGCCGUCCUCCGACAAAGGCGGGACCGUCUCCACGCAGCCGACCCAGGAGGAAGCCUGGCCCAGGGAGCGAGCGCAGACUCUGUCGGAGCUGAAGAAACAGAGGGCCGCCGCCAAACUGCUGAGCCACCCCUUGUUUAACGGUCACCUAGGCAACGGCUCCACCGACUCCUUUGCCGAUGCCAAAAUCAACACUGAGGACCCUCGCAUGCCGCUGGUCUCGUCCAAUGGCAGUGCUGUUUACUACACGCCAGCCAGCGGCGACCCGCCCCUCCUGAAACUGAAGCAGCCAAUAGAGGAGGAGCAGCCCAAGACGCGGACCUGCUGCUGUGUGUCGUAGCGCUGUGGUCGCGCUAUGGGUUCGCACAAAGAAGAAGGAAGCAAGGAAUGUGCUGUAGGACACAGGAAAGAAAGAGGGAGUGUUCUUGUCUUUAAGCUGUUCCUCCACCUCUUUCACACUUAGUUCAGAGAAGAUGAACAGCCUGAAGGAGGUUCCGCAGAAACGGAGGCGUUCUCCAACGUAGCAGAGAAGGGAAAACGGUCUUUUCCUUCAGGGGACGCUUGGAUUUUUAUGUGUUUUCAUACAAGUCCCGGCAACAGCUGUUUGUCUGUCCCUACAAGAAUGAAAGCUUGGACAAGUUUUUUUUAACGCUUUUCACUUGGAAAAGAUUUAAAAAUCAGGAGAGUCUGUCUCGAGGUACUGCAUGUUCUGCCCUCAGAUGAAGCCUACAAGUGGACGAUCAUCUUGUAUUUAAUUCCUCCGUCACACCACGAUUCUCUGCUUCUCGGGCCAUUAUUCUCGUCACGUUCAUUAUGUGGAAGAAGAAGAAGAAGAAGAAGAAGAAGACGGUGCCAGAGCUGUGCAGAUUCAGUGUUGUAUUACAAACGUAGCACAGAGAGAUCUCUUCUCGAGUCUCCUUCAUGUUAAAAAUGCUGCCUGCAUAGGUAAAGGGAAGGAACGCCAUAAAACAGUGUUAACAUAUUCAGGAAGUGUGUUUUUUUUUUUUUAUUAAUCAUGAGAGAUAAGAGUAUAGUACUGCACUUGUGUUUAAAACUCACUAUAUUCUGUCAACUACGCGUCACCUCCUCGCCCUCCUCCUCAUAUCAAAGCCUAAAACUGACAGUUUUAUACAGAAUCCACUUUGUGUGAAAAUUACUGUAUGUUUUUUUUCUAUUAUUAUUAUUAUUAUUUAUGAAAAUAAUGUAAUGUGUAAAAGGAAAAAACAACAAGAAAACAUUGCGGUUCUAUUAACUUGAGUGUAUUUAUUAUUUGGAUGGUAUGAAUGCAGCGUAUGAUGAGCAAAAGCACCUUCAGACGUGGAGAAUCCAAACCGAUGAAGUCAAGUAAAGGGUUGUUGUAGAUUAUUCAUAAUUGUGUCACUACAAAUAACAGUGUUAUUUGUUUUGUGUUGUUGUUGUUGUUGUUUUCUCCCCCCCUUGUGGCCAUUGUGUGGCUCUACGCUCUCUCAGUCACUGUAUUUGUCUCAUUAACAGAAGAUGUAAAUGUUUUGUAACUAAUUACUGUAUAAGUAUAGUAUGAAGUUUCUGAUACACACACACACACACAUGGACUCAGUUGUGUUAUUUUUUGGAUUAGUACACUGUGUCACAGUCUCUCACACACAAAUUAUAUAAAUCAGUAAGGCCAAAAAUAAUCACCGCAAUAAUUUAUUUUCUUCUUCCAAAAAUCUGGAUUAGACAAAGAGAUUGUUGCCGCAAUCCUGUCUGUGUUAUCUGGUUUGGCACAGAUUAAACAAAAACUAGGUGGAAUAGCCGCAGUCUUUGUGCUAAACUAACAGAUUACUGGCUCCAAACAAAUCAAAUAACCUCCUGAUCAAACCUGACAAGACAGCGAAUAAGCAGAAUAAUCCUAAAUAUGAUUCCUCUGAUCUCUGAUCUUCCCGUGAGUGCCAAAGAGUCUUCAAUGAUUUUAAAAAAAAUUAAAUGAAAAAUGUUGUAGCACCGUCAUUGUGAUGUGAUCACCUGUAACAUCUGCUGUGCAGUGUCAAAUAUUUAUACACAUUAGUUUGUGAAUAAGUUUGUAUUUGUGUCGGUUUCCAUGAUCUCCUGCAUUUACAUGUCGGUGUUUAGACGCAGUUACUGGUAUUUGGUAUUAACACACGUGUCGUAUUACAAGACACAUUUGUGUUUGACCUCAGCUCAAUUUUUCAGGAAGUACCGUUUAAGUCAGAUUGUGCUACUUCCCCUGGUUUUUUUGUGCUCUGACAUCAUCAUGUUUGUCGUGAGUCAGCAGAAAGUCAGCUGCUGAAGUCACGCCGGCUCACAUCUGCUCCAGUUGCUAAAUUUAAACUCUCACAUCUGCCUCCUGAAGCGAUUCAGUCAAACUGAAGUGCAGCGUGGUCAGUUUGCGUCAGAAAGGGAGCGUUUUGAAACGAGUAAACCUGUGUCGUCACGGUGUAAAGGUCAAAGGCUUGUGUUUGACUGCGAGCCUCACUGUCUAUUAAUGAUAAGAUUAUGAAGAAGAAGAAGAAGAAACUACUGAUUUUGUAAUUACUGGAAUAUAUUGAUGGUUGCAUUAACAUAUUUUGAAUAAAUUGUAUAUUUUGAGAAUUUU